UAAAGGUCAACAGUGGGGUUGUGGUACAUUGACUGCUGACACACAAGCUACAGUAGAUGUCUGUUCGAUCAGUAAUUGGCCUUACAGAUUGGGACACCUCAGCCCCAGCCUCCCAGCUGGAUGAUGAUGAGUGGGACACAGAUCUGGAGACGGAGGAGGUCAGAAAGAGCAAAAAGGACAUGCCAAUCAAGGAACUAUACUUGGAAGCCUGCAAACUGGUUGAUGUUGUUCCUGUCUCCUAUUUCCUGCGUCACCUGGGUUCAGAUAGGCUAAACCUCACACACCAUGGCCUGGGACCCCUGGGGGCCAAAUCACUGGCUAUAGCCCUUGUGACUGAUAUGCACAUCACAACCCUAGAGCUGGCGGACAACCAUCUCCUCGCUGAAGGGGCUCAGUAUCUUGUGGAAAUGCUCAGAGCAAAUUUCACCAUCCAGAAUCUGGAUCUCUCCAAAAACCAUCUUCAGUCUGCUGGAGCUGAGUGUGUGGCAAAAGUCUUACUGGAAAACAUUUCUAUCAAAUCCUUGAAACUGUCAGGAAAUGGAUUCAUUGAGGAUGACGCCAAAUACUUUUCUGAUGCAUUGGCGAAUAACUACAGAGUAAAAGAACUGGAUUUAAGUCACAAUCAGUUUGGUCGGCGUGGGGGAGAUCAUCUGGGCCAAAUGUUAGCCAAUAAUGAAGGUUUAGAGACGCUAGACCUCAGCUGGAAUCAUCUGCGAAUGAAGGGAGCUGUGGCUUUCUGUGCAGGACUCAAGGUGAAUAUGACAUUGAAGUACUUGGACCUGUCAUGGAAUGGCUUUGGUAAUGAAGGGGCUCUGGCUCUUGGAGAAGCCCUGAAAUUCAAUAACACCCUUCUGCAUCUGAAUCUCAACAACAACCGCAUCACCAAUGAGGGCGUGGGCAUGUUCUGCAAGGGCCUGGAGGCCAACGAAACCCUCCGAGUGUUACAGCUGGCAUAUAAUUCCCUGACAGUGGAAGGUGCACUGGCUUUGAUCCAUGUUGUCAAGAACACACCCAAAAGUGCUCUAGAAGAGAUCAAUAUUUGUAAUGUGCUGGUGAAUGAGCAUUUUGUGCAGCUACUUGACCUUACCUGUCAUGAACACCCCAAUCUUCAAGUUCAAUAUGGGGGAGUCGGUGGUUUUAUAGCCAAGAAACCCCCAAAACGUCUUGAUCCAAUGAAAGUCAUCCAGGAUUACCUUGACCAGCGUAAACUGCGUUUGUGGGACUUCUUCCGGAACAUUGACAAGGAUGGAACAAUGCGUGUUCCUGUGUCAGACUUCAGAAAGGCUGUUCAGCAAUCCAGCAUUCCCUUGGACCGGUUCCAGAUUGAGGAAUUAAUCCAGAGGCUGGACAGAGAGAGAACAGGCAUGGUGGAUUACAGAGGCUUGGCUGACACCAGGAAGCAAAUGAUGAGAGACCAUCGGCGACAGCUUCGCAAGGUGGAGUCGCGGCAAAAGAAAGAGAAGCAGAAAAGUGAGCGCAUCCUAAAGACCUUUCAGAGCGCAGUGGAGGCUGUCACCCCCCACAGCUCCCUGGUCAUGUCACCAGGGGGCGCCAAAGACGACUCCAACGGGCCUCAGCACUUCUCGGCCACGCCACUCAGCUCCUGGCACCACAUCGUCAUGUCCAACAGCAGCCGCUACUCGGUCACUAACCUGAGCAGUGAGCAUGUUCACCUGCCCAUGAUAGGCGGCACCACAUCUCAGUGUUCACCAUCCACGCUUGCCAUGCGCUCCUUCUCCCAGCCGAACCUCUAUGCGGACUCCCCCCACUACACUCAUGGCAAACCCACCUCCGCUCUAGGCCUGCUCUCCAUCUCCAACGUGGGAAAGGGCACUUACAAGCUCAGCCCAACUGGGAACCACCUAACAAGAUCCAGGCCUGCCCUGAAUAAAGCUAAAGGCACCAAGGGGAGGAAGAGGAAAGUCAAAAAGCAUGUGGAGAAGAAAGCUCAGACAUACCCUUCAAAAUGAAAUAU